GCCCCACCGCUUCCCGCCCCGCCGAGGCCGAGCUCCGCCGGAGACAGUAGGCCCCCCUCCCCGGAGCGCCCCCCGCCCGCCCCUAGUGCCGGGCAGCGGCGCUGGGCUCGGAGCGUUCCAUUCCCCCCGCGUCACGGGGUGAGGGGCACACCGGGUACCCCUCACUCGCUCUGGAGCGGGACGUAAACCUCCCGCAGUGGCCGGUGCCCGGUUCGGCGCAGCGGCCCCACAACGCUGAGCCCGUGGGGACGGGAGAUGGCGGCAGGACGCCGUGGGAUGAGGAGGCGGGUGGGGGGCGGAGUUGGUAGGUUCCGGAGGGGGCAGGCGGGCGCGGAGCGCUGGCGCCGCAGCUGUCAGUGAGAAGCGGCGCCGCCAGCGGAGGGAGGCGCAGCUGGGGCGAGGGUCUGCUGCCUCCAGCUGCCGGAGAAGCCGGCGCUGCCUGGACCCGCCGCCCUCGCCCCAGGCCUCGCCUCGCCGCGGCGCGGGGCGCGCUCCGGUGUGCGGCAGGUGCACGGGGCGCGGGCGGCCGCGCCACAACCCCCCGCCCGGCGGCGAUGCCGGCGGUGCAGAAAACGGUGUCCGAGAUCCGGUCCCGCGCAGGGGGUAAGUGCCGCCCGGCGCCCGCUGCUCCCCGCCCGCAGGGAGGCACGGAGGAGCCCGCCCGGCGCUCCGGCGCGGAGCUGCGGCGAAGUCUGCCCCGCCUGGCCGGGAGAGGACGGCGGGAAGGCGAGGCGGCGGGAGCCGGUGCUGCAACGCUGCCCGCCCCUCGUCGCGGCCUCCGGUCGUACCAUGACCCCUCCCGGCGGGGCCGCGGCGGCGGGCGUUUGCCGCAGCCGGGCAUCGACCCCCAGCGCUGGGGAGUGAGUGGUGGUGGUGGUGGUGAUGGUGGUUCUCGGGCGGUCUCGUGUUUAUGGCUGCCCGUUGUCUGCUGGGGCCGCGAGUCCCCGGGCAGCGGUUUGCGCGUCCGCGGUGGCAGCGUUAACGGGCAAGCGGUUGUUUUCCUCUCCUCGGUGUGUCUGCCUGCACGGCCCGCUGGCCCCAAGCGGCGGAGGGAGAGGCGGCGGUGGCUCAUGGCCGAGUAUAUUUGUCGAGGGAUAUUCGUCCUAGGAACAAGCCGGCACAUCUCUUUUAUAUGUAAUGUGCUAUGAGAAGACAGAUGAUGUUUCAGAGAAAACUUCUUUAGCUGAUCAAGAAGAACUGAGAACUAUAUUCAUCAAUCAGCCCCAGCUAACCAAAUUCUGCAAUAAUCAUGUCAGCACUGCAAAGUACAACAUAAUCACAUUCCUGCCAAGGUUCCUUUAUUCCCAGUUCAGAAGAGCUGCUAAUGCAUUUUUUCUUUUUAUUGCAUUACUACAGCAAAUACCAGAUGUGUCACCAACAGGCCGUUACACAACAUUGGUCCCUCUCUUAUUUAUUUUAGCUGUAGCUGCAGUGAAGGAGAUAAUAGAGGAUAUUAAAAGGCAUAAAGCUGAUAACGCAGUGAACAAGAAACAAACUCAAGUACUACGAAAUGGUGCUUGGGAGAUUGUCCACUGGGAAAAGGUAGAUGUUGGAGAUAUAGUUAUAAUAAAAGGCAAAGAAUAUAUACCUGCUGACACUGUACUGCUCUCAUCAAGUGAACCGCAGGCUAUGUGCUACAUUGAAACAUCUAACUUAGAUGGUGAGACAAACUUAAAAAUUCGACAGGGUUUGCCACUAACAUCAGACAUAAAGGACAUUGAAAGCUUGAUGAGUCUUUCAGGCAGAAUUGAAUGUGAGAGCCCAAACCGUCACCUCUACGACUUUGUUGGAAACAUCAGACUGGAUGGGCAUGGUACUAUUCCAUUGGGAGCGGAUCAGAUUCUUCUACGAGGAGCUCAGUUGAGAAAUACUCAGUGGGUUCAUGGGAUAGUUGUCUAUACAGGACAUGACACAAAACUUAUGCAGAAUUCAACAAGUCCACCUCUAAAAAUGUCUAACGUGGAACGAAUUACGAAUAUUCAAAUUUUGAUUCUGUUCUGCAUCCUCAUUGCUAUGUCUUUGAUCUGCUCUAUUGGUUCAGCUAUAUGGAAUCGAAGGCAUACUGGAAGAGACUGGUAUCUUGAUCUAAAUUAUGGUGGAGCAAGCAACUUUGGAUUGAAUUUCUUGACUUUUAUCAUUCUCUUCAAUAAUCUUAUUCCAAUCAGUUUGUUGGUUACGCUUGAAGUUGUUAAAUUUGUCCAGGCAUAUUUCAUAAAUUGGGACAUAGACAUGCACUAUGAACCUACAGACACUGCUGCAAUGGCUCGUACUUCCAAUCUCAAUGAAGAACUUGGACAGGUCAAAUACAUAUUUUCUGACAAAACGGGUACUCUGACAUGCAAUGUCAUGCAAUUCAAGAAGUGUACUGUAGCAGGAGUUGCUUAUGGCCAUUGCCCUGAGCCUGAGGAUUUUAGUGUUUCUUCAGAUGAUUGGCAGGGCUCACAAAAUGGAGAAGAAAAACCAUUUAGUGACUCAUCAUUACUGGAGAAUCUUCAGAGCAAUCAUCCAACUGCACCUAUAAUAUGUGAGUUUUUGACAAUGAUGGCAGUGUGUCAUACAGCAGUUCCAGAAAGAGAGGGUGAUAAAAUUAUAUAUCAAGCAGCAUCUCCAGAUGAAGGAGCAUUGGUCAGAGCAGCCAGGAAUCUUCGUUUUGUAUUCACUGGAAGGACACCUGACUCAGUAAUCAUAGAGUCUUUGGGACAGGAAGAGAGAUAUGAACUGCUAAAUGUCCUGGAAUUUACAAGCACUAGGAAGAGAAUGUCAGUGAUUGUUCGCACGCCGUCGGGAAAGUUGAGACUUUACUGCAAAGGAGCUGAUACUGUAAUAUAUGACCGUCUUGCUGAAAGUUCAAAAUACAAAGAAAUCACCUUAAAACAUCUAGAGCAGUUUGCUACAGAAGGCUUAAGAACUCUGUGUUUUGCUGUGGCUGAGAUUUCAGAAGGUGAUUAUCAGGAGUGGUUAGAUGUCUAUCACCGUGCUUCUACAGCUUUACAAAACAGAGCACUCAAACUUGAGGAGAGCUACGAGCUAAUUGAAAAAAAUCUUCAGCUGCUUGGAGCAACAGCAAUUGAAGAUAAACUGCAAGACAAAGUGCCUGAAACCAUAGAGACUCUCAUGAAAGCAGACAUAAAAAUUUGGAUACUUACUGGGGACAAACAAGAGACUGCCAUUAACAUUGGUCACUCCUGUAAACUUUUGAGGAAGAACAUGGGGCUAAUUGUUAUAAAUGAAGGCUCUCUUGAUGGAACAAGAGAGACGCUUAGCCAUCAUUGCAGUACUCUUGGUGAUACUUUAAGGAAGGAAAAUGAUUUUGCUCUCAUUAUUGAUGGUAAAUCUCUGAAGUAUGCUUUGACAUUUGGAGUGAGACAGUAUUUCCUGGAUUUGGCUCUGUCAUGUAAAGCUGUUAUUUGUUGCAGGGUAUCACCACUUCAAAAAUCUGAAGUUGUAGAAAUGGUUAAAAAACAAGUUAAGGUAGUAACUCUAGCAAUUGGUGAUGGAGCAAAUGAUGUUAGUAUGAUACAAACAGCACAUGUUGGUGUUGGUAUUAGUGGGAAUGAAGGUCUACAAGCUGCAAAUUCUUCAGACUACUCAAUUGCUCAGUUCAAGUAUUUGAAGAACUUGUUGUUGGUUCAUGGAGCCUGGAAUUAUAACAGAGUAGCAAAAUGCAUCUUGUAUUGUUUCUACAAGAAUAUAGUCCUUUAUAUUAUCGAGAUCUGGUUUGCAUUUGUAAAUGGAUUUUCUGGACAAAUUCUUUUUGAAAGAUGGUGUAUAGGUCUUUACAAUGUGAUGUUUACAGCAAUGCCUCCACUAACUCUUGGUAUAUUUGAGAGAUCCUGCCGUAAAGAAAACAUGCUGAAAUAUCCUGAGUUAUACAAGACUUCCCAAAAUGCACUGGACUUCAAUACGAAGGUUUUCUGGGUUCAUUGUUUAAAUGGCCUCUUCCACUCAUUCAUUCUGUUUUGGUUUCCACUAAAAGCCCUCCAGCAUGGUACUGUAUUCGGCAAUGGCAAAACUUCAGAUUACCUGCUCCUGGGAAACACUGUAUACACUUUUGUGGUUCUGACUGUGUGUUUGAAGGCUGGAUUGGAGACCUCAUAUUGGACUUUGUUCAGCCAUAUAGCUAUCUGGGGCAGCAUAGCACUUUGGGUAGUGUUUUUUGGAAUCUACUCUUCUUUGUGGCCAGUCAUUCCUAUGGCACCCGAUAUGUCAGGAGAGGCAGCUAUGAUGUUCAGCUCUGGAGUGUUUUGGAUGGGACUUCUCUGUAUUCCUAUGACAGCUUUACUUCUUGAUGUAGUGUACAAAGUAGUAAAGAGAGCUACAUUUAAGACACUGGUAGAUGAAGUUCAGGAGUUGGAAGCAAAGUCUGAGGAUCCCGGGGCAGUUGUGCAUGGCAAGAGCUUAACUGAAAGAGCCCAACUACUGAAGAAUGUUUUUAAGAAGAACCACGUGAACUUGUAUCGCUCUGACUCUCUGCAGCAAAACUUGCUUCAUGGCUAUGCCUUCUCUCAAGAUGAAAAUGGAAUAGUUUCCCAGUCUGAAGUAAUAAGAGCUUACGAUACAACAAAACAAAGGCCUGAGGAAUGGUGAAGAAACACAGCUCGAGAUUUGGGCCUUAGUAGUUACUUUUGUGAGACAGACUACUAGAUCUUUGCUGGGAGCUGCAACCAUAGCCCAGUUAUCUGAGAUCUAAAGAUCUAUGAUGGUCUUGUUCCAUAAAGUUUGGAUUUGUGUACUCAGUAGACAUAAGCACUGUGCAACUAUACUGUAACACACCAUCUCUAAAUUUUUUAACAAGUAUUUGCUUAGCCUUUGUAAACAGAUUGGAAUUUAUCUUGUAUCUUGCCAGCUUGCUUAUUUUACAAUGAAGUUGAAUCAGUACUGGUCAUAUAGUUAGAAGGCAAUGGUCAGAACGCUAAACAUGCUUUACAUUGACAGACCAUUAGCAUCUGUGAAGGUUUUUAAGUGUUAAUAUAUUUAAAUACAGUUGAUAAAAAGCCUUUGUUUUCAACAAGUGCUGAAAAAAGAGUAUCUUAAUGGUGUUAAUUCACCUUCUUUAAGAAAUAUUUUGAGUCAAGGUGUUUAUAGAUGUUUGUGUCAAACUAACCUAAAAACGUCUGCCAAAGAAGUUCCAUAAAUGUUUUCUGUUAUUAGAAAUAAUUUGAAAGGCAAUUAACUCCAGUCCUGAUAUCAGAACUGCAUGCUUGAAUGUCUGCACUUGAGGAGAAAGAUUUACAGUACAGUGAGUCAAA